AUGACAGGCAUCGCCGCCGCCUCCUUCUUCUCCAAUACCUGCCGAUUCGGGGGCUGCGGACUCCACUUCCCCACCCUGGCCGACCUCAUCGAGCACAUCGAGGACAACCACAUCGAUACUGAUCCACGUGUUUUAGAAAAACAAGAAUUACAGCAGCCAACCUAUGUUGCCCUCAGUUACAUUAAUAGAUUUAUGACAGAUGCUGCCCGCCGAGAGCAGGAGUCCCUGAAAAAGAAGGUUCAGCCGAAGCUCUCACUGACACUGUCCAGCUCAGUGUCUCGAGGGAAUGUGUCCACUCCACCACGCCACAGCAGCGGAAGCCUUACUCCCCCCGUGACCCCGCCCAUCACCCCUUCCUCUUCAUUCCGAAGCAGCACUCCAACAGGCAGUGAGUAUGACGAGGAGGAAGUGGACUAUGAGGAGUCGGACAGCGAUGAGUCCUGGACCACCGAGAGCGCCAUCAGCUCUGAAGCCAUCCUCAGCUCCAUGUGCAUGAAUGGAGGGGAGGAGAAGCCUUUUGCCUGCCCAGUUCCUGGAUGUAAAAAGCGAUACAAGAAUGUGAAUGGCAUAAAAUACCACGCUAAGAAUGGUCACAGAACACAGAUUCGUGUCCGCAAACCAUUCAAAUGUCGUUGUGGAAAGAGUUACAAGACAGCUCAGGGCCUACGGCACCACACAAUCAAUUUCCAUCCCCCGGUGUCGGCUGAGAUUAUCAGGAAGAUGCAGCAAUAA